UAAAUUGGAUUGAAGUAUUUUAUUUAAGGCAUACAAGUUCGUAGGAAAAAAUUGUAUUUUUCAUUAGCAUAUAGAAUAAACAUUUAAGAAAUGAAUUUAUUAGGAAUGUUAAAAUAAUUCUACAUUAAUGACAAAACUAAAAUCAGAAAUAUUUCUAGAUAUUUUGUUUAUAAAUAUGAGAAUUUCGAAUACUACAGACUCAUCUCAAUUAGAGCGCAAAUGUUGUAGCAUAAGUAUGUCAAUAAGGAAAAAAUGGCCUAGGAAUAAGAAUAAAAUUAAGAAGAAGAAUGGCGCUGGGUUUUCCAUUUAAAACCUUAAAAAGUUAAAAAAUAUGGUCGUUUCUGGAAACCUUUAUAAAAUAGCUAGAAUUAAAAAUGA